AUGGCGUCGCAAAUUCUCGCAACCGCCUCCCACGUUGCAGACAAGGCUAAAGAGAUGACGGGAGUCAAGAACGCAAAGGUCGCGCAGCUCCAGGCUGACACCAAGGAUGUUCACGACCCCAAAUGGAAGAUGACGAGCGACUAUGGUGUCAAGCAGAACAACACGGACGACUGGCUGAAGGUCGCGACCGAGGACCAGCAGGGGCCUAUGCUCCUGGAAGACCACUUCGCACGUGAGAAGAUCCAACGGUUCGACCACGAGCGCAUUCCCGAGCGCGUCGUCCACGCCCGUGGUUCCGGCGCAUUCGGAAAGUUCACCCUCUUCGAAUCCGCAGCCGACGUCACAUCAGCCGGCGUGCUCACUGACACAUCGCGUGAGACACCUGUCUUCCUGCGCUUCUCGACUGUCCUCGGUAGCCGUGGUUCCGCUGACACUGUUCGCGAUGUCCGCGGUUUCGCCGUCAAGUUCUAUACCGAAGAGGGCAAUUGGGACAUCGUUGGCAACAACAUUCCCGUCUUCUUCAUACAGGACUCUAUGAAGUUUCCAGACGUAAUUCAUGCUGGAAAGCCGGAGCCUGAUAAUGAGAUGCCUCAGGCACAGUCGGCGCAUAACAAUUUCUGGGACUUCCAGUACAUGCACCCCGAGGCAACCCACAUGUUCUUCUGGGCCAUGUCGGACCGGACGAUUCCUCGCUCGUACCGUAUGAUGCAGGGUUUCGGUGUCAACACCUUCACACUCACCAACGACAAGGGCGAGAGGAGUUUUGUCAAGUUCAUUUUCACCCCCGAGUUGGGUGUACACAGCUUCGUGUGGGACGAGGCGCUCAAGAUCGCUGGUCAGGACCCUGACUUUCACCGCAAGGAUCUGUGGACGGCGAUUGAAAACGGCGCAUAUCCCAAGUGGAAGUUUGGCAUCCAGGUCAUCCCAGAGUCCAAGGAGCACGAUUUCGAGUUCGAUAUCCUCGAUGCUACCAAAGUGUGGCCUGAGGAGCUCGUGCCCAUCAGGUACAUUGGUCAGCUGGAGCUAAACAAGAACCCCGAUGAGUUCUUCACUCAGACGGAACAGGUCGCAUUUUGCACCGGCCAUGUUGUCCCUGGUAUUGGAUUCAGCGAUGAUCCGCUACUACAGGGCCGUAACUUUUCAUACAACGACACUCAACUCUCUCGUCUGGGUGUCAAUUGGCAAGAGCUGCCUAUCAACAAACCUGUAUGCCCCGUUAUGAACUUCAACCGCGAUGGAGCCAUGCGCCACGGUAUCACUAAGGGCAAGGUCAACUAUUGGCCAAAUCGCUUCGAAUCUGCACCUCCCGCCAAGGCAAGCGAGGGCGCAUACAUCGACUUCCCCGCGAAGGUAGCCGGUAUCAAGGCUCGAACACAGAGCAAGAAGUUCCGCGAACAUAAGAAUCAGGCUGAGUUGUUCUACAACUCGCUCUCUGAGCCCGAAAAGAUGCACGCUAUGAAUGCGUUCGCCUUCGAGCUUGACCAUUGCGACGACCCUCUGGUCUACAAUCGCAUCUGCGAGCGCCUCUGCGAGAUCGAUCUCGAGCUCGCUCAGAAAGUCUCGGAGAUGGUUGGAGGCGACAUUCCCACGACACAAACGCGAACGAAACACAAUAAGACAGCGAAGGGCCUCUCGCAGUUGGAUUUCCCACCGGAGAAGCCCACCAUCGCGACUCGCAUGGUAGCCAUCAUUAUUGCCGACGGGUACGACAAGGUCGCCUACGAGGGUAUCAAGGCCGCCCUGACGGCCGCCGGUGCUCUCCCCUUCACUAUAAGCCCUAGGAGAAACAACAUCUUCGCCGAGGGUGAGGACAAGUCAUCCGGCGGUGUGAAGGCCGACCACCACCUUGAAGGCAUGCGCUCCACCAUGUUCGAUAGCGUCUUCGUCCCCGGCGGCGCCAAGUCCGUCGAGACACUCAGCAAGAACGGCCGCGCGAUCCACUGGGUCCGCGAAGCAUUCGGCCACUUGAAAGCCAUCGGCGCCACUGGCGAGGCUGUUGCCUUCGUCAAGCAGUGCGUCGAUCUCCCUGACAUGCAGUUCUCGACUGCAGGCGAUGUUGUGGAGAGCUACGGCGUUGUUACGGCUAGCAAGGUGCAGCCUGAGAACUUCAAGGAGACGCUGCAGAUGGCGAAGGGCGCGAAGGACUUUGUGAGCGCGUAUGCGUUUGCCAUCUCGCAGCAUAAGAACUUUGAUCGUGAGUUGGCGGGACUGAAUGCUAUGGUCGCAUAUUAG